CAGAAGGGGGACAGAAGGAGCUGGGAACGGAUUCAAGAGACGGCUGCAGUCAGCUGCAACUGUCUAUGCAGAAGGCUACUGUAAGGCAGCAUUUAAGCUUCGGUCGCAAUCAGGGCGUGGCAUUGGCAGUUGCUUUCGGCUGCCUUCUUGCGGAGUCCAAUUACUCAUGGCGGUCGCCACGAAAGCUAGGCUAGCUGUGCAACGCUGGGCUGCAGCAUUUUUUAACGAACAUCAGCACUUUGCAUUCGAGGAACUUUGUCAAAUGUGUAACCAGAUGGAUUUCCUGCAAGCUGCAAGCCCUGUUGCAAUGUGGUGUACUAAAUAUUCCCAGGGGCUGCUUCUAAGGAAGUGGAAAGGCAGUUGUCCAAGGAGGCGCAAAGCAGCUGAACGAAGUUCUUCAAGGACUAUUCUGUCGAAGUUCUGCAGUCAAUCAGCAAUUGAUGACCUCUCGAGGAGAAACAAGCUGGUAAUCAAUAAUUUCCUGGGAGCAAAAGCACAGGCCACGUCCUGCUCAGUCAAAAGAAGGGGAUACUCUGCAUCUCAGAUCUGCCACUAUGCAACUCAAGCUACACCAAUCGAACCAGAGUCGGCGUCUCCCUAUAAAGUGGGAGCUGAGUCACCUUCAGGAUCUAUUCCAGCUGCAGACUUUGUGCAAUUGGAGGCUAAUGAGGCGCCCCCGACAGGUUCCAUUGACAAGCCUAGCAUGCUCACAAUCAUGUCAGCAAGCUUAGCAAGUGAUCAAGAUGCAUCCUUCAUGAGAUUGGCCUUGGCUGAGGCCGAGAGAGGUGCCGGGGAAGGAGAGAUUCCUGUAGGAGCUGUCCUUGUUCUUGGUGACGAAGUCCUGGCAAAAGCCCAUAAUAGGGUAGAAAGAGGGAAAGACCCAACACUCCAUGCUGAAAUGAUAUGCAUCCGCGAGGCUGCAAAGAAGCUCAAAGCAUGGAGGCUUCUGGACUGUACUCUUUACGUUACUCUGGAGCCGUGCCCCAUGUGUGCCGGGGCAAUCUUGCAGUCGCGGAUCAAGCGCCUUGUUUGGGGGGCUCCCAACACGCUGCUUGGAGCUGACGGAAGCUGGAUCAGAAUGUUUCCCGUUAGCACCGCGGACCCUGUCGCUGAGUCAACGAACUAUGUCCUCGGCUCUCCUCGCGCUUGCCAUCCUUUUCAUCCGGAGAUCAAGGUCACGAGGGGAUUGCUCUCAGCGGAGAGUGCCGCGCUCAUGAAGUCGUUCUUUCGAAGGCGGAGGCUGGAGAAUAGCUUCUCGGGCGUCUAAAGCGCGUCCCUAUGUCAAUCCGAGACUUGCUGAUCAUCUCGGGAUAUAAAAAGUCGUCUCGCCGAGUAGCCAUGAACGGGGCUACUCCACGGUUGGACUGGAGAGCAGAGUUGGAUCUGACUGAAGGCUUGUAUCAAGACAGGUUCAGCGAGGGGACGCAACCCUGGGGUCAGGCAAACGGAUUGCACAUGGUCGCAACCGUGGCAAGGAUCGUCCAGAACGUCAGUCUUCUUGACAACUUUAGACAGCCGACCUGCUGUUUUGACGCCGUUAAGAGGGCACUCAUGGUGCAUUUAGACAUACUGGGCCGGAGGCUAUCAAACACCCUGCCCGAACGACGGGACGUAGAUGAUUGACUCCGAGCAUAGUGGUUGCAUCAAAACCGAUCAAUACGUAACGGCCGCCAUCCCUGAGUAUUGCAACAAAGCAGACCGCAUGUUAGCCUUGGACUCGUGCGAUGGGGAUGCCUAGGGCGGCACAGGCUAAGGGGUUGUAUCAACAUGAUGCAAGAUCGAGAUGUGGUUACUGUACAUGUGCCCGACCCUGCGUCGGACGCACUUAAAUCGUAGUGGAUAUACAUGUGCAACAUUGCACAAAAGCAUAUGACCCUAUAUUGCCAGCACGCG